AGCUUUUCGCGUAGCUCAGCUGAACUGAAACGAACUCGUCGUAAUGGGUGGGCAAAUAACGCGAUGUGACUUCGAAUGGUCUUACACUGCCGAGCCACAUGCAACCAGACGAAAAGAAAUUCUUGCUAAGUACCCCGAGAUCAAGAAACUGAUGGGCAGUGAUCCUCGGUUCAAGUACGAAAUCUUGGCCUUAAUACUGUUGCAAUUCACCCUGGCGUACUUGAUGCAGGAUGUGUCCUGGACGACUCUCUUUCUAGCAGCUUACUUCAUUGGCGCCUUUCCCAGUCACUCGCUGAUUGUCGGGGUUCACGACAUCUGCCAUAACAUCCCGUUUGGAAAUGGUCGGCCUCUCCAGAACAGACUGUUCGGGAUCUUGGCAAACCUUCCCACAGCGAUUCCUUCGUCCGUGGCGUUUAAAAAAUAUCACAUUUUGCACCACCGCUACAUGGGCGUGGAAGAAAUUGAUCCCGACUUGCCGACAAGUUUUGAAGCCCGAAUGUUCUACAACUCCGUCACUAAGCUUGUGUGGGUGAUUCUUCAGCCGUUCUGGUAUGCCUUGAGGCCUCUCGUCAUCAAUCCUAUGGCUCCUAAAGGCUUAGAAAUCCUUAACAUUGUUGUUCAGUUUAGCGUCAAUUACAUUGUGGUUCACUUCUGGGGCAUUAAACCGCUCGUGUACAUGUUUGCGAGCACCAUUCUUGGGGCGGGGCUACAUCCAAUGGCGGGCCACUUUAUUGCCGAGCAUUACAUGUUUGAGAAAGGUUGCGAAACCUACUCCUACUAUGGGCCAGGAAACUAUUUGACGUUCAACGUCGGUUAUCAUAAUGAGCAUCAUGAUUUUCCAAGUAUUCCAGGAUCACGGCUUCCUUUGGUGAAAAAAAUCGCCGCAGAAUACUAUGAUCACUUACCAUACCACACGUCCUGGAUCAAAGUGAUCUGGGAUUUCAUCACAGAUCCCAGAAUUGGUCCCUAUGCUCGAAUCAAGAGACCCAACCCUAAAAAGACUCAAUGAACAGGCAAACUUCAGCCUCG